GGGUAACACACCCAUAUUGCUUGAAUUAUCUGUAUGACUCAGGUGUUGAGUUGAUUUUGGUUCAUUCUGUACUGAAUAUCUAGGAUGACCUCUACGUUAGAUGGUAUUAAGUCCUUUUCUGGAGGUUCUAUUAAUCACAAAAUGAGCGGUAAUGAGAUGGAAGAACUAAAAGAACAAUUUACUGCUAUUGAUACAAAUGGAGAUGGUUUCAUUGAGUUGUCAGAAUUAAAAACAGCCCUGGAUCUAUGUGGUUUUAAAUUACCUGGAUAUCAAGUUCGAAAAAUGAUUGAAGAUUAUGAUGGUAGAAAACAAGAUGGCAGGAUAUCAUUUCCUGAAUUUGAAAAAUUGUGUACUGACUUAAAGGCUAAUGAAGUUGCAAGUACAUUUAAACAAGUUGUAUCCAAAAAAGAAAAUUUAGAAACGUUUAGAGGAAUGUCAGAUGCUUCAAGUGAAGGCACUACACAUUCUGUACGGUUAGAAGAACAGCUUGCUUUUUCUGAUUGGAUCAAUACCAAUUUAGGACAUGAUCCUGAUUUAAAGCAUUUGCUUCUUAUUGAUCCAGAAGGAAAAGGUUUAUAUGACUCUGUUAAAGAUGGAAUACUGCUUUGCAAAAUAAUUAAUCAUUCAUGCCCUGACACCAUUGAUGAAAGAGCAAUUAAUAAAAAAAAUUUAACUGUAUAUACUAAACUUGAAAACUUGACACUUGCCUUAGUUUCAAGUCAGGCAAUAGGAUGUAAUAUUGUUAAUAUAGAUGCACAUGAUUUAGCAAAGGGAAAACCUCAUCUUGUACUUGGUCUUCUUUGGCAAAUCAUAAGGAUUGGUCUUUUUAAUCAAAUUACCCUUGAUAACUGUCCUGGCCUUCCUACUCUUCUUUUAUCUGGAGAACAUAUUGAAGAUUUGAUGAAGUUAUCACCAGAAUCAAUUCUUUUACGUUGGGUUAACCAUCAUUUAGAAUCUGCUGGUAUACCAAGGAGGUGUAAUAAUUUUCAGAAUGAUAUUGUGGAUUCAGAAAUUUACUCAUAUUUACUAAAACAAAUAGCACCUCUAGAAAAAGGAGUAACUAUGGAGGCAUUGAUGGAACCUGACUUACUCAAAAGGGCUGAACUAAUGCUACAACAGGCAGGAAAACUUGGCUGUAGAAGUUUUGUUACUCCAGCAGAUGUUCUCAAUGGAGUAUACAAGUUAAAUUUGGCAUUUGUUGCUAAUCUAUUUAAUAAUCAUCCAGGACUUGAACAACCUGAAGGCACUAUAGAAGGGCUUGAAAAUUUAGAAGAAACAAGAGAGGAGAAAACUUACAGAAACUGGAUGAACUCCAUGGGUGUAAUGCCAUAUGUGAAUUGGCUUUACUCUGACUUAGCAGAUGGCUUAAUUAUUUUUCAAUUAUAUGAUAUCAUAAAACCAGGAAUAGUUAACUGGGGUAGAGUUCAUAGAAAAUUUUCUAAACUCCGUAAGUUUAUGGAAAAAUUAGAAAAUUGCAAUUAUGCAGUUGAGCUAGGCAAACAAUUAGGAUUUUCAUUGGUGGGGAUAGCUGGUCAAGAUCUCAAUGAUGGAAAUUCUACUUUAACCUUAGCUCUAAUAUGGCAAUUAAUGCGGGCUUAUACCUUGUCAGUGCUUACUCAGUUGGCUAACACUGGUAGCCCCAUCGUGGAAAGAGAAAUUGUUACUUGGGUUAAUAAUAAGUUGUCAAGUUGUGGCAAAAAAAGUUCACUUAAAAGUUUUCAGGAUACAAGUGUUUCUGAUGCCAAGGUAGUUAUUGACUUAAUUGAUGCAAUCAAACCUGGAACCAUAAAUUAUGACCUUGUUAAAGAAGGGGAAACAGAAGAGGAAAAGCUUGCCAAUGCUAAAUAUGCAAUAUCUAUGGCUAGGAAAACUGGUGCUAGGGUAUACGCUUUACCUGAAGAUAUAACUGAAGUAAAACCUAAAAUGGUAAUGACAAUGUUUGCAUGUUUAAUGGCCAUGGAUUAUGUGCCUAAUAUGGGUUCCAGGAAAUAGAAAGACAUUUGUAUUCAUCAAAGUAAUUGUUUCAAAAGUUACUUACUAAUAAUGGUUGGCUUUUCAAUUUUGUUAAUACCAAUUUAAGUUUAAAUGUCUUUUUUUUUGUAUUUUUUGUGCAAUAGCAUUAGUUUUAGUCUUGAAUAUAUCAAUGAUGUUUCUCAUUUUAACACUUGUUAAUACUGCACGUUUUUAUUUCAUCCAAUUUCAUUGUAUUUAAUGUAAUACAUGGUAUGGAUUUUUCAUUUUGUAUAAACUUUCCAUAACAUUUUAUGAAACUAGUUUUGUUUUCAUUUUAUUUUAUUAUUUGUUUUCAACAUUAUUUCAUUUAUAGAUUUUCAUUAUUAAAGAAAUACUUAAAAUUAUUGUCAUGUGUGGAAGUUUAUAUAGGAAUUCUGAUUCAAAUCUUACAGUCAGGUGUAAUAUGAGAUACAUUUUCGUGAUUUGGUCAAUAUGUUGUUAGCUUCUUUAAUAUUGCCUUUUAUUGAAAAUCUUAGCAAAGUCAAUCCUAAAAUUUAAUGAAAUUUCCAUCAUUAAGUUUAUUUAUUAAAAUUUAGUUUAAUUUUGUGAAUCGCUCUUACCUUAUGAGUGAUUAAUUUUAGUUUUUCACUUGUUAAUUAAACACUUUUUCAGUGGAGGGGAUUUAUUUAUGACCCCAGUAGUAUUUGAUAUUCUUUUCAUUAACAAAGUUAUGUUUUAAGAAUAAAAAAUAUUAAAAACUUUGUUUUGUGCUGUUAAUAUAAAAAAUAGCUUUCAAGAAUUUGUAUCUUGCGUUAGAUUAACUUUUAAAUAAUGAUGUCAGAAAUGUUGUUUUAUGUAUUUUCUUCAUUAUUCGUUCAUUUUUCUUCUUUGAAUCUUUUUUGUUUCCCACCAUUUCUUGUAUUUGUAUUCCCACCAUUACUUCAAUCAUAUUGAUCCUUGUUCAUUAUGUUUUGAAUUUCCUUGUUUGGGAUUAGUAAAAAUGUGAACAUUUAAGCUUGAUAUUUUAAAAUAUAAAAUACCUAUGUUUAAACCAUAAGUAGAUUAUAAUCUAUAGGGGGAAAACGGAAUGAAACUUGACAGUGCCAACAUAUAAGAGUGCAUGUUGAAAAAAUGAAUUUAAAAUACAUAAGUCACUCUGUUACUAUUAAGUACUUUUACAGGUUUUAUGUUGUUAAAUAAUUGCUAAUUUAUUUUUGCUCCUCUGGAUCCCGUUGCAGGAUGAAAAUUUAUUGUUUCAGCAUUAUUUACAUAAAAAGUUAUAAAUUGAAUAUAAAUUAUUUCCAUUUAGCUAAAACUAAUAGCUAUGAUAUAAAAAUACUUGUCUAGUCAUUACUGAAUCAUGUCGAUUGUGAUUAAAUUGUUUAUAUUAAAUGAUAACAUGAACUUUUUAUGAAAUUAAAUAGUUACUUAUUUUUAUUUAUGUCAAAAUCUCUAUUUGUUUUUUGUAAACCCUUCAUAUUCAUGAUGCACUUAAGUCUGAAAUCCAAGAUGUAUACCACCAAGUAUUUUAAGUUUGCUUGAAUUAAAAAUUAGUAUUAAAUGAUAAUAUUUCCAUUGUGUUAUAAUUAGAUUAUAGUAACAUAAAUAAUUAAACAUUCCACUUUGUAUUAUUUUAUUUUUUUUUUUAAUGUAAGAUACAAUUAUUGUGAUAAGAAGUAAAAAGUAAAAUAAAAUACAAGGUUUAACAUACCAAGAAUUAUCAUGACAUAUUUUUGUGAUUAUUAUCAAGGCUAAUAUAUUUUUGUAGUAACUUAUUUUCAUUUCAUUUUCUGGCACUGUAAAGAUAAUAUUGUUAAUUAGAGAGCAGUCAUCUUAAGAUGUAUUUGGUUUAUUUAAAAUUUAAAACUGUACAUUUACCAGUGGCUGAACAUUUAGUUUUUUAGUUCAAUGAAGAUGACCAUUUUACUAAAUUCAUUAAAAUUCAUCAGUACAAACCCAUGAUGGUGUGAUAGUAAUUAAUGUAUAUGUUUUAGUAAAUAAUGAAGUGAAAUACUUAAAAGACAUGAUAAUAUUAUAUUCUGAUUAAUCGUAAUGGUUGUAUUUUAAAAAAAAUUAAAGCCAUUUUGGUAGUUUUUUCUUCUGUAUUUAUUAAGUUAUGUACGAAUUUUUUAUUAAUGCCUUUGAAUUAUUAUUUUUUUUUUU